GAUGAAGGAGAAAGGAAUGAAAUUGUGAAAGAAAAAGAGAAUGUAUUCUCCUAGUCAAAAGAAAAAGCAUUCAACCUCUCCCCCCGACUCUCCACUCCUCUCCUCUCCCCUCAUCUCCUCCAAACUCUUUUUAAAUCUGAUUUCCAAACCUCACACUAAUCUAUGUGUUGUUGGUGGGACCAAAUCACCCGUGUUGACCUAAAUCAGACAGCCCAUCCUCUUUAAUGGAUGACCCACCACGCGUCACCAUCUCCUGCGCCCAUCACUUGCGUGAGAGCCUUCAGCCGUUGAUCUGACCCCACCUUAUAAAUAACCCCACGAUGGUCCCCACUCCCCACCCCCACCUCACCCUCUUGUAGGAUCCAAAAGGAUAAGUGGGGCUAUUCUUUUUCCUCCUUCCUCUUUCUAGGGUUUGUUCUUCUCUUCUCUGUUCUUCAUUUCUUAUUCCCUCCUUUUCGUCUUAAAUCUCUUUUUCCAGAUUGAAUCCCAGUCAACGGAGCAUUUAUCUUUUACAAAUUUGUAGUAUCCAACAUCCGCGUGUUCCAGAUUUUCUUCUCUUUAAACCUAAAAACUCUUCUGGGUCUGUGUUGGUCGUCUCUGCGUUUUGCUUAUUUUGCCUUUUUUGAGUUUUUUGGCUCCAUAUGGCUUCUACUUCUCUGCAAGCUGAUGGUUUCCAAGAAGAUCACGAAGCCGUUGAUAAAGAUGAUCGAGGCCGCGGGAGUACCAAGGUUUUACUUCUACCCUCUGAUUCCUCCGCCGCGGAGCCGCCGGGAGAAACCCCUUCGGCGGCUCCGCCGCGGCCGCUGUUUUCUCUGAAAGAAGAGUUAAGUGAAGCGGAAGGAUUGGUGCCGGUUGGAGUAGUCCCAAUGGCGAUGCAAGUGCGGCCGAAAAGGGCAUCGAAAGAUCGGCACACGAAGGUGGAGGGUCGCGGCCGGAGAAUCCGGAUGCCGGCGCCGUGUGCCGCCCGAAUUUUUCAACUGACUAGAGAGCUUGGCCACAAGUCCGACGGCGAGACCAUCCGGUGGCUCCUGGAACACGCCGAGCCCGCUAUAAUUGAGGCAACCGGCACCGGGACCGUCCCCGCCAUCGCCGUCUCCGUCGGCGGAGCCUACAAGAUUCCUACCACUUCAUCUCCGGAGCCCGGCGACAAUCCCCGGAAGAGACGAAAGAGGGCUUCGAACAGCGAGUUCUUCGACGUCGGUGACGGCACUGUUUCAUCGGGGCUUGCACCGAUCGUACCCAUGACCACAGCCGCAUCAAUUGCGCAUCCGAACCCGCAAGGGCUCGUGCCGGUGAUGGUGCCGUCAAGUGCUCUGACCGCCGGAGCUCUGUACAUGAUUCCUCACGGCGCCGCCAUUAGCGGACCUCUGAAUCAACCCCAAGUAUGGGCUUUCCCCUGCCCCGCGCCGCCCAUCUUCAGCGUCUCGACCAGACCCAUCUCGAAUUUCGCUGCGGGAAUGCCUCCGGCCAUCGGAUUAAGCGUCGGGAGCGAGUCGCAGGCAAUGGAAUCGGCGUCGGAAGGGUCUUCGGCAUGGUCGGAGAGUGCAAAGGCAUCCACUAUGGCUCCGAGCUCGACUUCUACUACAGCAGCAGCAGCAGCAACAACAACAACAACAAUUACUACUACUUCAACAACUGCGGCCGCUGCGCAGAUGCUUAGGGAUUUUUCUUUAGAAAUUUACGACAAGGAAGAGCUUCAAUUAAUGAAUCGUUCUGCAACUCGCCAAACGCCAUCUUCGAAACCAUAGGGGUUUAAGGCUUUCGAAGAAUUUAAUCCUGUAAAAAAUAAUAUCACCAACAGUUUCUUUCCCUUGAUUUUUUGGGAGUUGAAAGGGAAAAAGAAGGGAUUCUCUGUUAUUGCUCGUUUUUUUUUUGUUGAAUUAAGAAUUAAGAACAUGAAAAUAAUUUUUGUUCCC